UUUAUUCACAAGCCAUCUUUAAAACAGCCAAUAUUCAAACGGAACGCUCCACGUUUGCCAAACACUUAAAACUACUUUAAGUAUCCGCAAGUAAAACUUAAUCAAACUGCCACACUCCAAAUGGUCGCUGCAUCCAUACAAUGCGUAGGCGUCUGAAACUGCCUUCUAAACCGGAAACCGGAAAUCCAAGCCCAAGAUGGAAUAUUGUGGGUUCUGUAGACUGUCAUCCUUUGGUUGCAUGAAUCGUUGAAGUAUAUACAAAGAAGUACAGAAAGACGGUGGUGUGUGUAGGAUCCCAAUCUUACCGGGUGAUCGUUAUCUCAAAAAGCUGCAGCAAAGAUGACUGCGAUUAAGCAUGCCUUGCAGCGGGACAUUUUCACUCCAAAUGAUGAACGCCUGUUAAGCAUUGUCAAUGUCUGCAAAGCAGGCAAGAAAAAGAAAAACUGCUUUCUGUGUGCUACAGUGUCGACUGAGCGGCCAGUGCAGGUCAAUGUGGUAAAAGUGAAGAAAUCUGACAAAGGGGAUUUCUACAAGCGUCAGAUUGCAUGGCCACUCCGGGAUCUAACAGUAGUAGAUGCCAAAGAUGCUAACAAAGAGAAUCCAGAUUUCGAUUUACAUUUUGACAAGGUGUAUAAGUGGGUUGCUAGCAGCGUAGUGGAGAAGAAUAGCUUCAUCUCUUGUAUAUGGAAACUGAACCAGCGAUAUCUUCGGAAGAAAAUUGAUUUUGCUAAUGUUAGUUCACAGCUUUUGGAAGAAUCUAUUCCAAGUGGUGAAAGUCAAAUUGUUGUUGGUGGUGAUGAAGAGUCGGUAGAUGAAUACCAAGAACUAAAUGCCAGAGAAGAACAGGACAUUGAAAUAAUGAUGGAAGGAUGCGAAUAUGCCAUCUCUAAUGCAGAAGCCUUUGCAGAGAAGCUGUCUAGAGAGCUACAGGUCCUAGAUGGGGCCAACAUUCAGUCAAUCAUGGCAUCAGAGAAACAAGUGAACAUCCUGAUGCAACUGCUAGAUGAGGCCCUGAAGGAAGUGGAUGAAAUUGAGCAGAAGCUAAGUAGUUAUGAGGAGAUGCUUCAGAGUGUGAAAGACCAAAUGGACCAGAUAUCACAGAGUAACCACCUGAUCCAGCUGAGCAACACCAAUAAUAAGAAAUUGUUAGAAGAGAUUGAAUUUCUAGUGAACCAUAUGGAUUUAUCAAAAGGACACAUAAAGGCUCUUGAGGAUGGAGACUUGUCUUCCUCUCGAGGCAUUGAAGCCUGCACUAAUGCAUCUGAAGCACUUUUGCACUGCAUGAACAUAUCUCUCCGACCAGGACAUGAAAUGCUUCAUGCUGUUAAGAAGCAGCAAGCAUCAUUCAGCCACUACAAGGAACACUUUGCAAGGCGACUUGCUAGUCACCUUAACAAUGUUUUUGUUCAUCAGGGACAUGACCAGAGUUCUACUCUAGCUCAACACUCGGUUGAACUGACUCUGCCAAAACAUCACCCCUUUCACAGAGACCUGCUACAGUAUGCCAAACUGAUGGAGUGGUUGAAGAAUACUGACAGAGAAAAGUAUGAAGGCCUCAUUCGGAAUUAUGUUGAUUAUAUAUCAAAACUGUACGAAAGGGAGAUUAGAGAUUUCUUUGAGGUCGCAAAGACCAAGAUGUCUUGCACAACAAAGGAGGGGAAAAAAUUCGCUACACUUCCACGAAAGGAAACUGCUGUCAAACAAGAAACAGAGAGUCUCCAUGGAAGUGUUGGAAAGCUGACUGGUUCAACUUCUAGUCUGAACAUACUUUCGGUUCAAGGAUCUGGGAGUCGGAGGUCUCAGUCAUCUUCACUACUAGACAUGGGCAACAUGUCUGCAUCGGAUCUUGAUGUAGCUGACAGAACCAAAUUUGAUAAGAUCUUUGAACAAGUCCUGAGUGAACUGGAACCAUUGUGUCUGGCAGAGCAGGAUUUCAUCAGCAAAUUUUUCAAGCUGCAGCAGCAGUUGAAUGUAGGCACAUCACCUGGAGAACUAGAAGAAACAGAUGGAUUGGUUUCAUCUCGACCCCUUAUGUCUGGCCCAGAAAAGCAGCCGUCAGCAUCUUCCGAAAAAGAGAUUGUCCGUCAAAUGAUGAUUAAAAUAUUUCGUACUAUCGAACCUGAACUUAAUGUCCUUAUUGCCUUUGGUGACAAGAUUGACAGUUUCAACUCCUUGUAUAUGCUGGUAAAAAUGAGUUACCAUGUGUGGACAGCUGAGAAUGUGGAUCCUGCUUCAUUUUUGAGUACCACACUAGGGAAUGUACUAGUCACAGUCAAGAGGAAUUUUGACAAGUGCAUUAGUAGUCAAAUUAAGCAGAUGGAAGAAGUGAAGAUUUCCAAGAAGAGCAAAGUUGGCAUUCUUCCAUUUGUUUCUGGGUUUGAAGAAUUUGCAGAACUUGCAGAGUCCAUCUUUAGAAAUGCUGAACGAAGAGGUGAUCUUGACAAGGCAUACAUAAAACUUAUUAGAGCUGUAUCUGCAAAUGUUGAGAAGGUAGCGAAUGAGAGUCAGAAGACGCCAAGGGACGUGGUUAUGAUGGAGAAUUUCCAUCACAUUUUUGCAACACUUUCUCGACUAAAAAUCUCUUGCUUGGAAGCAGAAAGAAAAGAAGCAAAACAGAAGUACACAGACCACCUGCAAUCUUAUGUUAUCUACUCAUUGGGACAACCACUGGACAAAUUAAAUCAAUUCUUUGAAGGAAUUGAGGCUCGAGUGGCACAGGGUGUACGGGAAGAAGAAGUAAGCUAUCAGUUAGCUUACAAUAAACAAGAGCUCCGUAAAGUAAUUAAGGAAUAUCCAGGCAAAGAAGUAAAGAAAGGACUUGAUAACUUGUAUAAGAAAGUUGACAAGCAUCUCUGUGAAGAAGAGAAUUUACUGCAGGUUGUAUGGCAUUCUAUGCAGGAUGAAUUCAUUCGUCAGUACAAACAUUUUGAAGGUUUGAUAGCACGAUGUUAUCCUGGAUCAGGGGUCACAAUGGAAUUUACUAUACAAGAUAUUCUGGAGUAUUUCUCUAGCAUUGCGCAGUCUCACUAACCAAGAAGAAAACUGCGUUAUUCAUAAAUUCAGAGUUCAUAGCUGCUCAACUGUUGCACUGCAUAUUUAGAAACUUCAAAAAACACAUUUUACUGAGUAGAAAUCAUUUAGUAAAAUUUGUAAAUUUAUUUUAAAGUUGUAAACACUGGGUUCAUUUAUUUGUGAAUGUACAAGGAACUUAAAAUGUAACCUGUUUAUGUUAAUACUACAAGUUUUGCAGUCAACGUAUUUUCCCUUAUCAUGAAUACAUACUGAAAGUCUGAAUAUAGAGCUUGAUUAUGUCAAGGCUAUUCUACACUAAGAAAAGAUUUUUAGGAACUGCUACAUUAUUUCUACAUUAGUUUACAUGCUUAUUUACGUUAUUAAGAGCAGUGCUUGUCCUAACUGAUAACUGUAAAGCUGCCCGCAAUACUACAUUCAUAAACAGCUUUGUAAACUACUUUAAACUACAGAAUCAGUACAUCCGUGUGCUGCAGGGGUGCUUAUCUACCACAUUUAACAUUGCUUAGGAGAAAACUGGAAACACUAUUGUUUCACGUUGUUGUGCUGAGCUGAUACUUUAUGUUUAUGUCUUGUCUCCCUCUUUCUUUUUUGUUGCUUUGGGUAUCAGCACUUUAAAAAGAUAUUGCCUUUCUAACGAUACCCACUGUCUCUUUUUAAUGGUAAUGUAGAGUAGAACUGCAGGAGUUUUAAUGUCACAGGAAGAGAAAUUUGGGUAGGCAAAUGUGGAUGAGCUGACAGACCACCUCAAAUCUAAGUGCAUAGGAAGGACUUCUGUUUCUUUGUAGAUACCCUUGUUUUAAUAAUAAGUGAAAAGGAAAGAAAAAAACACAGAAUAAGCUAAACAUUAUCUAAAUACUGCAUUUUUAUAAUUAUUUCCAAGUUGUAGUCAAUUUUUUGGCAGGUAAGUAUUACAGACCCAGCUACAUGCAAUCAUUUUUGUAUUCUCUGUGCAACACCAUUAUAAAGGCUAUGUUCUAGUAAAAUGACUUGCAAAGUGCAUGUAAUACUAUAAGCCUGUUUAUUUGUUUAGUUCUGUGUUUACCCUACAAUGAAAAAAGAUUCAGUAAAUUGGGAUGGGCUGUAAGCACCCUUGUAUUUUGAAGUGAACGUUAACUAAUUUGUUUAAUUAUUUAGCCAGUUGAAAUGUAAAAAUAAAUAAAUACAAGUAAAAUGUAAAAAUAAUAAAAAUAAAAGUAUUCUUUAGAGAAAUUUAAAGGAAAUUACUUUUCUGAUGUAUUCUUUAUUUAAUGUUUCAGACUGCAUCAGUCUUGAACAAUUGUCAAUUUAUUUGCAACAGUCUGGACUGUGUGUAAAAACAACAAACUGUACAUGUGCAGAAACAUGCAUCAAGCCUAAGUUUGAAUUUAGAGGUUUGCAGGAUAACAAGAAAAUGAGGCAAGGUCAGUUUCUUGUACCAAGAAAUCUUUGCAAAUUAAAAACAAGCUUAAAGCAAUUUUUUUGCAUAUGAUCUUCGGAGUAUUCAGUUAUAAACUUGAAAAAUACAAAAACAUUAUCACUUAGAAUUAGUGUUCUUAAUUUUGGUGUUUGGACUUAUUCUGCACUUAGCUGCACAAAAUGAGAGUAUGUGCAAUAUGUAGUAACAAUAAGUUGCAAAGUUGCAAAACAGAGGAUUUUGUAGAAUAACCUUGUACUACAGGACAUCCUUAAAAUUAGAGGCAUUAUUAGAGGCAUUGUCACUGUUAAGAAUUCUGAUUUAGAGAAUGAAAGCAUGCAGAUCCUAAUCUAUUGUGCUAAUCAGAUGCUAAGAACCACAGAUGAAAUGUGUUGUUACCAUUCUUUCGUUUAGUUCUUUUCUUUCAUCCCUCUUCUUCUUGUGGUUUCAUGCUUGCUAAUAUCCAGCUCCUCAGUUGACCAUUUUAUUUUCCUUUUUCUUCCUUGUGGUAAGUGAUAUCACAUGCCAGCAGCAAAAGUCUACAUUUAUAAAUUGCAAAAUCAUUAUUAUUAUGUGAAGUCUUGCACAGACAUUACCAGUAGUAUAUCAAGUAGCACUGUAAGAAGAGUAUGCAGCUCAUUUUUUGGAAAGAUACACUAUUGGCAUGUAAUAUCAUGUAUUUGUGGCUGAUAAUGUUAGAAGUUUGUGGCAUUUGAUGUUAAAGCUACAAAAUAUUAAUUUCUUUAGAUAUUUUGAAUAUGCAAUAUAAGUUUUGUUUAAAAUGCAAGCAAGAAUGGAUUUUUGCUGUUUCAAAUGCACGUGUAACCUUUGGUAGAAGGACUUUUAGAUUAUAUUGUAUACCUGUUAAAUUUAAACUUUAAUGUGUUUAAAAAUGCAGAUGAAAAUAAUAAUGCACAUAAAGGUGUGCAAUGUACAGAUAUUACUGCACACCCACUAACUUAUAAGGCAUGUGCCUCACAACAACCCUGGAGGUGUGUCAUAUUAAUGUAGUGCACAUCCCCCUGCACACCUUAUUGCUUAUACACAUAUUCAUGUACAGAGACACACGCACACGCACCAUAUUAAAGGCAGUUUAAAGGCUUUUGUGAAGCUGUUUUAGCAUGGUAGCUUGACAUCUUUGUAAGCUAAACACCAUAGAAGAGACCAUGUUGUAUAAGAUGUAAUUUAAUUGUCUUUAUGAAUUCUUAGACAGUCACACCCUGAUCCAGGAAAAUAUGAAAUAUUUUAUUACAUAUUGAUAACCUGAUUAAGGGACCUUAGAGUAUAGUAGGAUUAAGUCUCUUACAUGAUUAUUAUUUCUUAUGUUGUUUGAUUAUCCAGUGAGAAGGUAUUUACAGCCCAACAUGUAACACUGUAGAUUUUGCAAUGUCUAUGAACUAAGUGCUCUCUGUCGUCAUGGUCUGUGACAAUCUGCUGUCCCCAAAUCCCUGAAAGCUUCUACCCUUCCCCCUUUAGAGAAUUGAUAUGAAAUAAUGCAGGUAGCAGACUGGGCUGUUUUUGUUUUGACUUAUGACAGUAACUGUUAAGAUUCUCUCAUUUAUAACUAAAACAGACAUUUUUACAUAAUGCUUACCUUUGUUUUUGUUUUUUUUGCUUCUGUUCAAUGCAUCAAUUUUACUCUAAAUACAAAUGGCUAUAUAUCUGCAAAAGCAUUCAUGUUUUUGUAUAAGAUUUUCUGGACAAGUCUUAUGUACUGUGUGAGCAGACUCUAAAUUCAAGGAAAUAACAGCAAUUUUUUAAAUGUCAAGUUAAUCUUGUCGAAGCUUUUUUUUUUGUCAUAACUUGUAAAUUGACAGGAAGUGUAACUGUUUGUAAAAUUAGUAUUAUUAAUUUUCAUAUUAAGUCAACAUAAAGCUAUGAUUCAGGUAUUUACCGAGUUUGUCAGCCAGAACCUGCAUUUGACUGUGCUUGUGGCCAAUGGCACAAAUACUGAGCAGCCUAAUGAUUAUGUAGAUUUGAUACCAGCCAUUGCAAGACUGUGUCACUGAAAUGGUUUACAAUGCAAAAUAAAAUUCUUAAGAGAAAUACA